UAUCCGUUUAGCAGCCGAAGAGAUUGGCAAGUUGCAGCAUGGCUGCUACGUUCAGGCCUGAGCAUGGGCAAGAUUGACUCUUUUCUAUCGCUUGAAAUGAUCAAGGAUUUACCCUUGUCGUUUCACUCUGCCAAAGAAUUACGCGGUAGAGCUGAGAUGCUCCCCAGCGGUCCGCGCUGGAAGUCUCAAGUAAUUCGUACAUCGCAUCCUACGAAAUCGCCUGUAAUUCUGUACUGGCGCGACCCUAUUGAAUGUAUCGCCAGCAUCUUCAACCACCCGCUAUUUCAAAAUCAUAUCGACUUCACACCUCACAAGAUUUACUCUACUGCAGAGAGGUUGUGUCGCAUAUAU